AUGUUAUUCACGGCCCAAAAGUUCCUCCUCCUCAUCGCAACCCUUGCCUUCUCUCACCAGCACCUGACACACGCCCAACAGCAGCAACCCACAGGAACCGUCUCCGCAACAGACCCAGUCCCGACGUUCGAAAACACCGUCGGUGUUCAGGUCCAAUCACCCGGCAACGACAUCUCUAUCCGCCCCGAUGGCGUUCUCCCCAUUGCUCUUAAUAUAGGUCGUCGACUUAUCAGUUCAGUGGUAGUGACAGUGGCAAAGGCAGACGGGUCAGGAAACACGACCGUUUUGGAGUACAAGUCUGUAGCUGCUGUUCGUAUCGUGACAGUCGCACCCUUGGCAACCUUCAAGUUCUCUGAAGGGGAUUAUAUUGUGAGCCUGGCGAUUACACCCAACUUGACAGCAAUCAUCCCCACCUCCACAUCCCCACCUUCCUCCGGUAACGCGACGGCAGGCACGACCACGGCAGUGGCUCCUGCACCUCAACCCACUGCUCCUAACGGCCUACCAGGAAUGUACUAUUGGCGUGGAGUUCUCAAGCUCUCGAACGAUGCUCCUGUAACCAAUGGCGGUGGUGGGAGUGGUGGUGCUUCCAGCAAUGCGGCUCCAAGCGCAGGCGUCGGUACUGGUGUUGUUGGGGUGAUGGGCGCUUGGACGACGUUUGCGAAUAUGAUGACUGCCUUGGGUGUUUUGGCGUUCCUGAACGUUGUAGCCCUUUAA